GAGAGAGAGAGAGACGGUCAGAUUCACCUUCAGACCAAACCAACUUCCUCUGAGGGACUUCAGCUACAGGAGAGAAACGUGGAAACUGGUGCUUCAACCUGCUGACUCCCAGUGAAGUUAGUAGACGGGACGGGGUUCACCCAGAGACCAGAUGGCUUCCAGACCAGAGGAGGAUCUCUGCUGUCCGGUCUGUCAGGACGUCUUUAGAGAUCCUGUUGUCCUGUCGUGUAGCCACAGCUUCUGUAGUGACUGUCUGCAGACCUGGUGGACAGAGAGACCAACUCGGGAGUGUCCAGUUUGUAAGGAAGCAUCUUUGUCUGAUCCCCAUGUUAGUCUGGCGUUGAAGAACCUGUGUGAGACCUUCUUACAGCAGAGGGACCGGAGAGCUUCAGAGGGUCUAUGCAGUCUGCACUCUGAAAAACUCAAGCUCUUCUGUCUGGACCAUCAGCAGCCGGUGUGUCUGGUCUGCAGAGACUCAGUAACACACUCCAACCACAGAUUCAGACCCGUCGAUGAAGCUGCACGACAACUCAGGAAGGAGGUCCAGGAGAGUCUUGAGCCCUUAAAGGAGAAGUUAGAGGAAUUGGAACGAGUUAAAGUGGAAUUUGGUCAAACAACAAAACACCUGAAGGUCCAGGCCCGACGCACAGAGACCCAGAUUAGGGAUCAGUUUAAGAAGCUUCACCAGUUUCUAGAAGAGGAAGAGGAGGCCCGGUUGGCUGCACUGAGGGAGGAAGAGGAGCAGAAGAGUCAGAGGAUGAAGGAGGAGAUGGAGGCUCUGAGCAGAGACAUAGCAGCUCUUUCAGACUCAGUCAGAGCCACAGAGGAGCAACUGAGAGCUGAAGACAUCUCGGUCCUGAUCCACUACCAGGCUGCAGUGGGUAGAGUCCAGCAGCCCCCCCUGCUGGAGGAUCCACAGCUGCUCCAAGGAGCUCUGAUAGACGAGGCCCAACACCUGGGCAACCUGGGCUUCAACAUCUGGAACAAGAUGAAGGACCUGGUCUCCUACACUCCUCUGGUUCUGGACCCCAACACUGCUCAUCCAAGACUCAUCGUGUCUGAAGACCUGACCAGUGUGAGACCAGGAGAGAAACAGCAGCUCCCUGAUAAUCCAGAGAGGUUUGACUAUUGUUUGCUGGGCUCGGAGGGCUUCAACUCAGGGACUCACAGCUGGGACGUGGAGGUUGGAGACGGGUCGGUCUGGGCUCUGGGUGUCUUUGCAGAGUCCGUCCCGAGGAAGGGACUCUUAACAUCUGGAUUUUGUUGCGUAGAGUUUGAUCGAGGUAAAUACGCAGCGCGGUCUUCAUUAGAUAUGUGCACCGAUCUGGUGGUGCAGAAGCAGCUCCGGAGGAUCCGAGUGACUCUGGACUGGACCAGAGGAAGUCUCUCCUUCUCUGAUCUGGACACGAACACACACAUACACACCUUCACACACACCUUCACGGAGAGGGUGUUCCCAUUCGUCGGCACUGUGGAUGAACUGAAGGUGUUACCGGUGAAGGUGUGUGUGACGGUGGAGCCGAGCGGGUAGGAUCCCAUUUCGCUU